ACUUUUUGAUAAUUUUUUGUUUGGUUUAUUUAGGUCCUAUUGUACUUAAAUAAGAAUAGCUCCAUCCCAAGAUGGCGGCGCCCAGUGAAGUGGAUGCACCUGCCUCCGGCGAAGGCAGUGGCGAGGGCAGCUGUUUCGGAUCCUGGCUGGCUGGAUGGUUGGAGGCACUGGGAGUGGACCGAGCUGUUUACGGCGCCUACAUCCUGGGUGUUCUGCAGGAGGAGGAGGAGGAAGAGAAGCUGGACGCUCUGCAGGGCAUUCUCUCUGCUUUCCUGGAAAAAGAUUCCCUUCUUACCCUAUGCAAGGAGAUUGUGGAAAGAUGGUCAGAAACUCAGAAUGUUGUCACCAAAGUGAAAAAAGAAGACGAGGUACAGGCCAUUGCUACCCUAACUGAGAAACAGGCACAGAUUGUGGUGAAGCCCAGGAUGGUGUCAGAAGAGGAGAAGCAGAGAAAAGCUGCCCUCCUGGCCCAGUAUGCUGAUGUGACAGACGAAGAAGACGAAGCAGAUGAGAAGGAUGAUUCAGGUGCCACCACAAUGAACAUUGGUUCUGACAAAUUUCUGUUCCGAAAUACCAAUGUGGAAGAUGUCCUCAAUGCCCGAAAACAGGAGCGAGACUCGCUUCGAGAUGAGUCCCAAAGGAAGAAGGAACAGGACAAGCUGCAGAGGGAAAAGGACAAAUUAGCCAAGCAGGAGCGCAAGGAAAAGGAAAAGAAAAGGACAGAAAAACGGGAACGAAAGCGAUAACCUUGGUCAGCUCUCUUCUUUCUCCUCGUGAACUGAUCAAAGGGAGAACUGGUUGUUGCACAAGCACAUGCGUAAUUUAAUUGAAAUGAGAGAACAUUGCAGAGUGGUUUCUCACGGCAUUUCCCCUUUCGUUUACACGGUCAAAAGGAAAGUCACAAACACUUCUAAUUACAGAACGUGCCAUGUUCCUGUGGUGGGUAUUCCGAUUGCUGUAGUUAUCAGUACCAAAGAUCUGGAGCGGGGGCAACCUUUCUAUUUUAAUACCGAAGUGCUGUGCUCCUUUUGGCCACUUUCAAAAGUCUUCCCUCACCUUGGAUAAACUAGCAGGAAUAUUCAGAAAGUUGACAGUCACAGUUUUUAUCCUGAAGGAGCAGAAUCAUGACCACUCCUCCCCUGAGAUGAAAUGUGGGAAUGUAAGUUGCUUCAGAAGUACUAUUCACUCCUAAAUGUAUUGUUUUAAGACUCAAAUAGAAAGCUAAUGAAGAG